AUUGAGAAGAACAGGAGGGUUCUUCAACAUCUAAAUGAUGAUAGAUUGAGUUUGAGAAGAACAGGAGGGUUCUUCAACAUCUGUAUAUGAAACUAUGUAUCGUGAUAUUAUCUCGUCUUAGUUACCCUUACCCUUGCCCAGCCCUUCAAGUUCAAGUUAAUUUGGAUGAGAGAGUGCUUAUUCUUUUGCGUAGUUGUAGAAAGCCCAAGAUCAACUACAUCAAGAUGAGCAUCUUAAAUCCUCCCUCGAAGACGACGAGGGCAGGCGAUUGGGAUUGUCCCGGCUGUGGCACUAUAGUCUUCGCGAGCAAGGAUGUUUGCUUCGUGUGCAAGUUUGACCGCAGCGCCUUGGCACGUGCAAGGGCUAGACUUUUUCAUCCAGGAAGUACAACAACUAAAAGUAAAAAGGAUGAAAGCAAAGAAGCAAUAGGUAGUUCUUUUCGGAGUACUACAACAACUGCAACUGGCACAACAAGGUCUACUAGGGAACUAGGGGAGUUAUUGGUCCCUCGUAGUACUACAGGGGACGCUAGACGGAGAAGCCGUAGCCGAGCAGAUCGUCGUGUAUGUGACCGAGAUCGAGCCAGACGUGCUGGGACAGCAGGCACAAGAACGGAAGAAACCACCUCUAGGGGUACCUCUACUAAUGAGAUUUUGCGGAGAGCCAAUGACGCUAUAACACGACCUGGUGACGUCUUGAAGCGACCCUCGCCUAAAGCGAGUCCAACAACGAAAAGUGGAAGAAGCCCAGCAGCAAAUAAUGCUGAUAGAAAUCGAACUCGUCGAGGAGGUUCUAAGCGACGAACAGAAACUAGAGCUGGUGAUCAAAUUGGUAAAGCGAGAACUACAACUGCCUCAACAAUUACAAGUGCUAGUGCUAGGAGUCUCCUUCCUCCACCUGGCAGUAAGACCACAGGAGAUCUACAACUUCCUCCACCCGCAAGUUCAACUACAGCCGCGACUAAAAAUUAUAAACUUUUCUCGGUAUCCGGUCAAAGCGCUUCUAAAAAGACAGAAACUUCUGUGAGUUCGCGACUAUUCCAGCUAGAAAAAAACAGCACAACGACUGGAACUGGUGCUGGUCUGUCUCAAGUACUUCCUGUCCCACCAGGUCGCGAAACUACAACGAACAACAUCAAGCAGAUGACAACUACGGCGACACCUGCUUCUACAACAGACACUGCUGUUCUUUCACCACCAGAAAGGACAAUAUCUUCCUCCAAGGGGAACAAUAUUAAAGACCGGAAAGAACGAGGGCAAGCACGACUUGCUGACGACAUGAACCUUUUGGAUAUUCUACAUAAAACGGGUAGCGGACUUAAAAUCGGCGACUGGGUCUGCCAUAAAUGCCACAUCAACAAUUUUGGGUCAAAGCUUCGCUGUUUCAAGUGCUCAAAUCCGAAAGGCAUUCAUACUGGGAAGAACUUGAUUAUCACCAAGGAAAUCAUGGAUUCUGUCAGAGGACGAAGAACUUGCCGUUCGGGAGUAGGGGAGGCAAAACCUACUAAAUCGAAAUCUGUGCUGGAGAGGCAAAUGGAGGAAACACUAUCCAGAGAACUAGACACCGUUGACCUCAGCGACAAGAAUAUCAACAGUAUGGGCAACAUGUUAGGCCUCGGCCUUGACCAAGUACAACAAAAAAGGCACGAAAAUAAUGUUUGGACAAGGGAUGCAAUAUUCCACAGACGCGGCACUGCUGGGUGUGAGGAAAACCACAUAGACCACCAAGACAGAGACAAGAACAGGACCAUCCAACUAUCGAACAUCAAGCCCGAUCAUGAUGGUACUAACGUUUACGACACUAAUUAUCAGAGGGAUCUUGCGGCAUUGCGGGAAGAAUACGGAGAGGAGACAGUCAACGCAAUAUUGCAAGAAGAAGAAGAAAAUUAAGGCUUGAUAGUAUCAUUUAAAUUCCAAUUCCAACCGACGUUUCGUUAUCAAUCGUUGGUCCUUUCUUAUCUUCUGUUUGCCUCCACCACUUGUACUUGGGAUUCACGAUUCAAACAACCACUUGUACUUGUACUUCCUUGAGAAAUGUUGAAGGGAACAAGAAUAGAAUUGUUGUGACCCAAGAUACAAGACAGUUUUCUAACUCUUAGGGAGAAUAAGUUUCUUGAAUUCUAAGGCCAACGAAAUUGUUUUGGCGACCUCUAGUACUUCUAAGAAAGGGCGAGAGAAGCAGAAGCACGGGCUGUGGAGCGGGAGCGAGUACUAUCAGCGAGAGGAACAACAGCCAAUCCGUUUGCGCCUGUAGAGGAUGAACUUGUGAGAGGUCGUGGCACAGACGCAAGAACUACAACAUGUAGGAAAAGCAAUAAAACAAGGACUAGCAGAGGUAUGAAACGAAAAAGUGCACUCACACUCAAGAAAUUGGCUAGGAUUUAAGUAGGAAAAUAGCCACUUUUUUUGAGUGUGAGUGCACUUUUUUCUUUCAUAAGAGGGAGCAAUUUGUUUAGUAGCAACCCAUUUGCGCCCGCACCUGCUCGAGGACAAGAACAGGAAACUUCUACAACGAAUGUUGAGAGAGCACAUCAUGAAGCUGCAAGUGCAGGCAAUACGAAUGUAGCAAGUCAAAGAAGACGGUCUUCUCCUUGUGGUACUCUACUAGAAGAAGUAAACGGCAGAAGAGAACAAGAAGAACUCGAUGUGCUAGAGGACUCUUUUUUUGGAUCUUCACCAGAUCUAGAUGAACCAGCAGACUCAGAAGUCCGGAAUGUAUUCGAAGAUGUUGACUCACCUGCUCCACGACGUGGUGUUGAACAAAAUCGAGACCACCAAGUAGAAGCUCUUGGACGCAGAAGUACUAGAGGGGCACCAGAUCGUAAUGGAAUAAGCAAAGAAAGCAAGGUCAUGUCGGAAAUAUUCAGUAGUAAUCUUGACUCGUCCCCGAUGAUGAACGAUGAAUCGUUGGAAGAGGUUGACGCUUGUGUUUUCGAUGAGAUCGAUCUUGAAGUACAAGAAGCACAAGAAGAUCCGAUAGAGCGGAAACAAGCAUCAAAGGACGUGAAGAUUACUAGGGACCAGAGGCGUGAUUUGCUUUUCACAAAGUCGAAGACGACAAGGUCAAGGAGCCCCCGACGACGCACCAAUGGCCCCUUGAGGCUGCAACCAGAUUUAUGAUGACUUUUUAGUUUGAGGUGUAGUUCUAUGUUUUUUUGUGCAGUUGUUGGUGUUGCAAGUUGCAUGACGAUGAUUCUCUCUGCGUUUAUCAGAACUACACCACCUAGUGUAGUACAUCGUAUUCAACAUUUCUCAGAGUCACAAAAAUAUGCAUCAUAAUGGAUAUACUUAGUAAUACGUAGCUGGAAAUCUCAGUAACUAAAACUAAGACUACGUACAUCAUCUCUUCAUUUCUAAUCCAAGGAACUAUGUCUGCUGCUCCAAGUAAGGAGACUAGUAAGCCUGCGAAAGUCCUUCCAAUCCCGGCUACGUCUCAACGCCAUUCUCCGCAACGGAGAGACCGAGAACGUAGGUCAAGGGAAAGAAGGGACCGUGACGCAGAAAAGAGAGACCGUGACACAGGCCGUAGACCUCGUAGUCGAAAACGGUCCCCUUCAGGGCGACCUCAGGGCACGAACUAUAGCCCUCUAAAACACGCAGCUUUGGAGAAAAUGAUUCUGAUUAUUAAGGCUUUAGUUUGAUUCCCGCCCCCGUCAACAUGAUGAUCAUGAUGCAUUCAUGACAAAAACACUCGUCGAGUAAAAAGAUUUAUAAUAAUUGAACUAGGGUUGCUUGACCUUUCUUUUUUCGGUUUUUGUUUUUUCUAGUUAGGCUUAGGCCUGCUCCACCAACAUUGAUUAUUCUAGGGUCGCUCGGAUAAUGCUACUGACAUCUGAGUCUGACAGCAUCGACCUUACCUCAACCUCUUCGGCCUUUUCUCUCUAAUACCAAGGGAAAAUAUGAGCCUGCGCGUGCUGGUGACUGGCCAUGUCCGAACUGUGGAUUAAUAGUUUUCGCAUCUAAAGACGAAUGCUUUAAAUGCAAGAAGUAUAAGCGGAAAUGAACAUCUUCAACAGUAAGAGUCGAAAGCGAUGGGAAGACCGGCGGUGGAGAUCGAUCUGAAUGUGGAGAAACUUAAAACUUAGUGAAUCGGAAUAUGUGACAUAUCAUGAUGAUAAACUACAGCGUGAAACAUCAUGAUACUUUUCGAUGAGUUUCUUGUUCUUGAAUGCUCCUUAUAAUGUUAAAAAUCACCCUGAUGAGGCUAGAGCUUAAUGUGAAGAUGUAGCCCAUCUCCGUAAGCAAAAUAUUUGUCCCAGCAGACCAUACCUCUUUAUUGCGGCGUCGCGGGUACACGACCACCCUCACGUUUUAAUUGUCGUAUAAUGACACUCGCUGUGAAUGUGUUCAUGAUAUUGAAGAUGAAAAAA